UGGGUGGCUGUUAGGGAAGUCUGGUAAGAGUUAAGGAGGCGGGAACGGAAGUGACGUGGACAGUAAAUAGUGCCCGGUGUAAGGAGGAACACGUGGGAUCCUGGCUCAGAAUAAUUUGGCCCUCUGACACCAACUCCACAUCGUCCAUCAUGGUGUUUUUUACCUGCAAUGCUUGUGGGGAAUCCCUGAAGAAAGGCCAAGUGGAGAAACACCUUGUAAUUUGCAGAAACUGUGAAUGUCUCUCGUGUAUUGACUGUAGUAAAGAUUUCUGGGGACAAGAAUACAAGAACCAUUUAAAAUGUAUUUCUGAAGACCAGAAAUAUGGCGGCAAAGGAUUUGAAGCCAAGUCAAACAAAGGGGAUGUAAAACAACAGCAGUGGAUCCAAAAGCUUCAGGAGAUAAUGAAGAAGCCAGACAUAAGUCCAAAUAUACGGAAGAUUUUAAACCAAAUUAGCACCUAUGAUAACAUUCCAAGGAAAAAAGCCAAAUUCCAGAACUGGAUGACGAACAGCCUAAAACUUCCCAAUCAAGCAUUGCAGGAUCAGAUUUGGGUGAUUUUCGCUGAAGCUACAAGCACUGGAAACGGUAAUCAAAAUAAUGCAAAGCAGUCAGAGAGUGCACCUACUGAAACCCAGUCUGAACCUGCCGAGCAUUUAGAAGAAAGUGAGAAAAAGAAAAACAAAAGGGAACGUAAGGAAGAAAGACAAAAAAAGAAUAAAAAAGAAAAGAAAGAAAUGUUGGCAGAAGAGCAAACGGAAAAUGGGAAAAAGAAAAAAGGCAAAAAGCGUAAGAUGGAAAACCAGGAGAAAAAUGAAGAUGAGGAAUCUGAAGCCAUAGAGGACAUGCCAAAGGGAAAGAAGAAGAAACGAGCUGCUGAAAGCAUACAGAAUGGUCACAAUGAAGGCGAUGCGCCUAAACUCAGUAAAAAGCGAAAGCACAAAGAAUCUGAAGGAGAGCUGCCCGAAGAAAUGCCGGAACAAAAUUCAGCUGAUGAGAACGAAAAUAACGAGACCGGCCGAGGUAAAUUUAAUUGGAAGGGAACCAUCAAAGCACUACUACAACAGGCUCCUGACCAUGAACUACCAAUAAAGAGACUUAGGAAGAAGGUCCUCGCGCAGUACUACACAAUAUCGUCUGCACAACACAAAUCUGAAGAGGAACUUCUUUCAACGUUCAAUAAAAAACUGCGCAGCAAUCCAAAAUUCAAGGUUUUAAAAGAAAAAAUAAAACUCGUAAAAUAAGGAAAUCCUGAAAAUAUAUGUAAAUGUAUUAUUAAAGUUAAACUUACUCAUGGCAUUCCUUAAAAAAGAAAAAAACGUUUGCUUGUUUUUAUAUAAUUAUUCUCAGGAACAAUCCCAGUUCAAAAAAACUUUUGCAUAACAGAGUUUUAUUGCAUGAAUGUUUUUAAAGGUUUUUAUUCAAUCCCUUAUUUGGGUAAGUUGAUUUCUAAUUUUGCAUCUGCUUUCGCAAUAAGAAUUGUAAAGAAAGUUGACCUUUUUUCAUCUAAAUUAAAGAAAUCCAAUUUAACUCUCUGCAACAUGAAAAUGCUUCUACUGUG